UUCCGGCGAGUCUUGCGCGGCGGACUAAUCGCAAAGCAAGCAAGGCGCCGGCGAGCCAUCUCCUUCGCUUUUCCGUCCCCGCCACGGUCGUUAUCAUCUAGCUCGCGGCUGCUGCUGCGGUGCCGGUUUGCUUGAAGACGAAAGCUCACUGGCACAGCGUCAUUCCCCUCUUCUGCUGCUCCAAUUGGAGUAGUACUAGCCAGUGCAUCGUGCUAGCCAGAUCUGAUUUUCCAUCCAAGUAUAGCGAAUCCACGGUUUCCAAUUAGCAGGAUGGAGUCCUCUCGCGGUGGUGCACCUUGUUCUAUUGACACAAGCGGCGGCGGCGGCCUCGUCAACGGCAGUGGCGGCGGCGCGCGGCUGUUCCCGUGCCUGUUCUGCAGCAAGACGUUCCUCAAGUCGCAGGCGCUGGGCGGGCACCAGAACGCGCACAAGAAGGAGCGUGUCGCCGGCAGCGGCGCCUCCUCCUACGCCGCCGCGCUCGAGCUCGACGCGGCGCUCGCGGCCGCCGGCAGCGCGCUUCCGGCCACGGCGUCGAUGUUGUUCGUGUCAGGCGCCCCGCACUGCGCCGGGGCCGUCGCAAUUGGCGCCGGGGCUGGGGAAGCGUCCUACAAGGGCCGCCGCGGCCCCGGCGCUGAGCUUGGAGCUGGAGAGUUGUAUCGGCGGCCACGCGAGGCCAGCGGCCCUGCGCCUGCAUGGCGGCGCCGGCCUGAUCGACGAGACACUGAACUGGGCAAGGGGCACGCAUAGGCGUCCGCCGCGGCCCCCAAGGCGACGACGGACACCCCCGCUGCCGGCGUGGAGCCCGACCUCGAGCUGAGGCUGUAGCUAACUCGGCGACGAUCCACGAGCGCGUGCGUCGUCGUAGGUGCUGCUGCAUACUCAAUCGCCCGUUCCACCACCAUCCUGUAAAUUGUACGGCUGCUCACCGUUGUCAGUCAGUCCUGUUCGGCUUGCAUUGCUUGCUUAAUUUGUCUGCUGUUGCAUCAGGACAUGAGUGAGGUUCAUGGUCACCUUAAUUACCAAGUUACCAGAUGGACAUAUAGAUAUAUAUGGUGAUACAACUGUAUACUAUUGCUAUAUAUGCUGAUAUUGGCGGCAUAUCUCAACAUGGCAGCUUAAUUAGUUUGUGUGUGUAAGUGUAUGCUGUAAUAUUCCAUGCUUCAGUGUUAAAAUAAGCCCUCGGGCGAGAGGCUGUAAGGAACAUGGCUCUAUUAGGCCAUAGUUUAUGAUUUUGGUGAUUGAGUGACAAUAUAGUCAUUGGGACUAAUAUGUGUAUCAAGAAUGAAUAUUUGUAAGGUUUUAUAGGUUCCCAAGAUGCAACAACAUGAAAACCUCCAA